AUGUCGCCACCAACCCCGCAAUAUUCGACAUACGACUUCGAUGCCUCCGAAGUCUCUAGCCGGUCUCUCCGGUCCUCUUGGAGGGGAAACGAUCUCGCAUCAGAAUCAGUGGACAGUCGAAGAUCGGCUAUACUUCCUCUACAAGAGUGGUAUCGGGUGCAAUCGACUCUGAACUAUCAAUUGCGCCAUCAGCUCUCUGCAUCCGAAUUGGUCGAGCAAAAGGAACAAGUCGAAUCGCAGCUGUCAAAUGCUACCUCAUUCAAGAGAUUAGCUAAAACGGCUCUAGAGGAAAGUUCGAGUCGGACAGAAGGAUAUUCGGAACGCGAUGUAUUAUUGUCCAGAGUAGUGUAUGCAGAAGCUGAAUUGAAGGAAUAUGAAGCUCGAGAGAGUUACAACUCAGCACAAACUGACUGGGCGAUGUCAAUACUUCGCGAGGAACGAUUGAAUAACGAUUAUCGUGACCUAGCUCAGGGAUCUAAACCCCGGAGACGAGAUGAUGACGACGACUGGGCGAGUCGGGACCCUGAUCAUUACUCGUAUUUGAAGAGCUUGGACGAUAUUGCACGUCACCUGGGACUUGAGAAUCGGCCAGCAGAACGAUCCUACAAUAUCGAUCGACCCCUCACGACUCCUCCUAUCGGGUCUUCUCACUUCAAUCUCAAACCCGUCGAGCCAUGCAGUACAGCUUCGUCCACCUCAACCUUGUCAAGAGAAAAUCCGGCUGCAGAUGAAUAUAGAGACGGGAGAUCGUCCAUAGCCUCAGAAAUUGCGAAAGGGAAUUUCACCAUACCUAACUGGGCGAUCGAUGCGUCCAAAUUCCGAGCUUUGACCCAUCCUUCCCAAGACACGAAGAAGCUUUUCAACGGUAAACCUCUGAGGCUAGAUUAUCCAUCGGAUUGUGACAAAUCCUCUUCUUCUCCACCUACGUCAAAUGAUUCCAAUCAGCAGCUUUCAUUUCCCCUCUCGUUGUCACUUCACGCUACUGGUCCUCCUCAUACCGACCAAUUGCUGCUGACAGCAGGUCCUUCGAAUGAUGGUGAAGACGACGGACACAUUGAUUAUUUUCCACAGCGUUCUACACUAUACUCUUCUUCUUCUAGGCCUUGGACCUCAGAAGGGUUUCUGUAUAAACCGCUGAGUAGAUUCGACCCUCAAAAAGGGCAUAAACAGGGGGCAGAGAUACAUACAGCAGAAACAGCCUCGCAGGAAGAUGAUCUGUCUUCGAUAUUUCACUGGUUCGAUGAUCGCGGUCACCGGUCCACAGAGACAAGAAUGAAGUCCUCCCUCACAAGUGGUCUAAAAUCCUUCGCGAACUUUGUGUCUAGCAGAGCAACGCAGCUGGAACGCUUCGCCGAGAGUAGACUAGACGAUAUGUUAUCUCACUGA